AUGACGACCAGCCCUAAAUACAGCAGUAACAUGACGACCAGCCCUAAAUACAGCAGUAACAUGACGACCAGCCCUAAAUACAGCAGUAACAUGACGACCAGCCCUAAAUACAGCAGUAACAUGUCGACCAGCAGUAACAUGACGACCAGCCCUAAAUACAGCAGUAACAUGAAGACCAGCCCUAAAUACAGCAGUAACAUGACGACCAGCCCUAAAUACAGCAGUAACAUGACGACCAGCCCUAAAUACAGCAGUAACAUGAUGACCAGCCCUAAAUACAGCAGUAACAUGACGACCAGCAGUAACAUGACGACCAGCCCUAAAUACAGCAGUAACAUGACGACCAGCCCUAAAUACAGCAGUAACAUGACGACCAGCCCUAAAUACAGCAGUAACAUGACGACCAGCCCUAAAUACAGCAGUAACAUGACGACCAGCCCUAAGUACAGCAGUAACGUGACGACCAGCAGUAACAUGACGACCAGCCCUAAAUACAGCAGUAACAUGACGACCAGCCCUAAAUACAGCAGUAACAUGACGACCAACCCUAAAUACAGCAGUAACAUGACAACCAGCCCUAAAUACAGCAGUAACAUGACGACCAGCCCUAAAUACAGCAGUAACAUGACGACCAGCCCUAAAUACAGCAGUAACAUGACGACCAGCCCUAAAUACAGCAGUAACAUGACGACCAGCCCUAAAUACAGCAGUAACAUGACGACCAGCCCUAAAUACAGCAGUAACAUGACGGCCAGCCCUAAAUACAGCAGUAACAUGACGGCCAGCCCUAAAUACAGCAGUAACAUGACGACCAGCCCUAAAUACAGCAGUAACAUGACGACCAGCCCUAAAUACAGCAGUAACAUGACGACCAGCCCUAAAUACAGCAGUAACAUGACGACCAGCCCUAAAUACAGCAGUAACAUGACGACCAGCCCUAAAUACAGCAGUAACAUGACGACCAGCCCUAAAUACAGCAGUAACAUGACGACCAGCCCUAAAUACAGCAGUAACAUGACGACCAGCCCUAAAUACAGCAGUAACAUGUCGACCAGCAGUAACAUGACGACCAGCCCUAAAUACAGCAGUAACAUGAAGACCAGCCCUAAAUACAGCAGUAACAUGACGACCAGCCCUAAAUACAGCAGUAACAUGACGACCAGCCCUAAAUACAGCAGUAACAUGACGACCAGCCCUAAAUACAGCAGUAACAUGUCGACCAACCCUAAAUACAGCAGUAACAUGACGACCAGCCCUAAAUACAGCAGUAACAUGACGACCAACCCUAAAUACAGCAGUAACAUGACGACCAGCAGUAACAUGACGACCAGCCCUAAAUACAGCAGUAACAUGUCGACCAACCCUAAAUACAGCAGUAACAUGACGACCAGCCCUAAAUACAGCAGUAACAUGACGACCAGCCCUAAAUACAGCAGUAACAUGACGACCAACCCUAAAUACAGCAGUAACAUGACGACCAGCAGUAACAUGACGACCAGCCCUAAAUACAGCAGUAACAUGACGACCAGCCCUAAAUACAGCAGUAACAUGACGACCAGCCCUAAAUACAGCAGUAACAUGACGACCAGCCCUAAAUACAGCAGUAACAUGACGGCCAGCCCUAAAUACAGCAGUAACAUGACGACCAGCCCUAAAUACAGCAGUAACAUGACGACCAGCCCUAAAUACAGCAGUAACAUGACGACCAACCCUAAAUACAGCAGUAACAUGACGACCAGCCCUAAAUACAGCAGUAACAUGACGACCAGCCCUAAAUACAGCAGUAACAUGACGACCAGCCCUAAAUACAGCAGUAACAUGACGACCAGCCCUAAAUACAGCAGUAACUAUGGUCACAAUGGGGACUGCACCCCUACCCCCUGUCGACUGCACCCCUACCCCCUGUCGACUGCACCCCUACCCCCUGUCGACUGCACCCCUACCCCCUGUCGACUGCACCCCUACCCCCUGUCGACUGCACCCCCACCCCCUGUCGACUGCACCCCUACCCCCUGUCGACUGCACCCCCACCCCCUGUCGACUGCACCCCCACCCCCUGUCGACUGCACCCCCACCCCCUGUCGACUGCACCCCCACCCCCUGUCGACUGCACCCCCACCCCCUGUCGACUGCACCCCCACCCCGUCGACUGCACCCCCACCCCCUGUCGACUGCACCCCCACCCCCUGUCGACUGCACCCCCACCCCCUGUCGACUGCACCCCCACCCCCUGUCGACUGCACCCCCACCCCCUGUCGACUGCACCCCCACCCCCUGUCGACUGCACCCCCUCCCAAUACAAAACAUUGCUCGCUGGUGACUGGUCGUUAUUGGUUCCUGGCACAUAAGUAG